AUGCUUGAUCCGACAGACAUCUUGAACGAGCUGGAGGUAAAGUUAGCACAGAAAUGGGCCGACCCAGACGACGACCUCUCCGAACUGGAAUGGUACGCCCUCCAAUCCAUGAUCCAACGACGCACCCAAGACGCGAGCUAUCCUCCAAUCGAAACACUCAAGACGGCCAAAGAUCAGUCGCGGCUGUCUCCGCUCGGUGACCUGGACAUGCCGGCUUGGUUUGAAUGGCGCGUGGCUCACCCGGGCAGACAUUCUCGAACCUCACUUGCGGAGACGCCGAAGCCCGCGGGUCCCACUGUUCCGCGAGUGACAGGCCAUGGUCUCACAACAGCCGCGACACCUUCACAGUCUGCGCUGGAGAGCGGUAGACUUGGCGUGUCCACUUCACAGACAUCCAAGACCAUCACCAACGGACCAGCUGGUACCUUUACCAGAGUGAAACGAGAAAGAGAAGCAGAGGCCCCCGAGUCAACACCGAGGAAGGCGGCACGGACAGAUCCUCUUACCUCAGAGUCGGCUCCCAUCUCUUCUCCACAGACACGCCCAUCCAGUUCCGGCCUACAGCCAAACCGCAGCACGUCUUUGGCCGGAGGCUCCAAAUACAAAGACCCCAACGGCAUCACGGUAUCUCCAUUCGCUCCUCGCUCUAGGGCCAGAGACACGAGCCAAUUAUCGACUAUAGCAACGCCCUCGUCGUCCCAGGCGACUGCCUCGUCAAAUCCCUCUGCGACUACAGUGAGGUCAAUGGAGAAUUGGAUUGCACUAUUCGACGAUGACUUUGUCAAUGUCAAGUGGAAACCCAGACCGCUAUUUCCAAAACGAUGA